AGAAAAAUGAUACAUUGAUCCAAAGUAAUACAGAGACAGAGUCGCUAAGGAUAGCAUCCUCAUCUUACUGGGUUCCCUAACAGACCGUAUCUUAAGAUUGUCAAAGUCUAACGCAAAGGAAAGCUUUUGAUUUUGAAUUUAGCGCGCUUUGACGAACUUGCGCAUCGGCUUCGCACCUCGGUUCACCAACACACGGCAAAAAGUAUCCAACAGGCAGAGGAUCGAUGCGACUGAUGUGCGAAGGGGACGUGGUAGCACGUCCGCGGCGCCGUGAUAAACCGUAUGCGCCGUCGCAGCACGUAAUCGGCAUUGUCCAGCAAGUCGGUGCCGUCGAAUGCCACGGACUUCAGGGAACGAGAUUUUUCAAAGCACUGAUUGAUCAUGCGGGCUUAAAGACCAAGACCAAGGAUACGAUGCCCGGACAAGAUGCUGACAUGGAGCUCUGCACUGACAAAAUCCUCUCCAAGGGAAGGAUCCUGCAGGAGCUCACAAAAGCCGUUAAACUUGUCUAUGCACAGAGUUUGCAUGGAUCUGUUGUACUUGAUGGUGAUUCCUGGCUUGUCUACUGGCUAGAUCGAGCAUUGCGUCAUGGUCUACGAAUCGAACGAUAUGGAUAUUGGGGUACUGCCAGAGAACUUAGUCAUCAAGAUACUAUUGUUGUUAUACAUGCUUUGCAAAAUGUAUUAACGUCUAUUGGAAAAGGUAGAGCUUGGUUGUACCACACAUUAAGCGAAGGUAGUUUUGAAAGUUACUUGGCAUGUAUGAUAAGGGAUAUUAAAACGGUCAAAAAAGAAUAUUUUCCACAUGCUCUUAUAAGGGAUGCAGACAAAACCAAUCAGUUAAUCAAUUUAUUAGCUGGACUUGAAAAUGUUUCAUUUACACUGCAGUUGGAUGUCACGUACUUGGACAUAUGCAAUUACAUGCCCCAACGACCUAUGAGUGGAUCACCCUCGGGCAUAGCCUUGACCUUGCAUUUACGUUCUUCGAGUAUCUCUUCGAGUCUUGCCUCGCCCGGUGACAGCGGCGUUGCACUCGAUAGUGACAUGGACCCUGCCAAUGAGACUGAUAACAGCAGUUACAAAGAAGAGGAUUGGACCACUGAAAACGUAAAAUAUCGUAACAAUAAAUAUAAAUUACUUAAUAAUAGUGCUAACGAUAAUAAAAAUCUGGAACGUUCAUUUUCAUCAAGUGAUUCUGGAGAAGAAAAUAAAACUCCUAAACAAUCGCCCGAUACUUCUAAUAAAUUUCAUAAUUCCACAAUUACAAAUAGUGAUAUUAUUAAUCAAAAUCUUACGAGCAAACAUGACGAUAAUGAAGUAAAUUGUUCAAGUUUAGAUACAGUAAAGGAUUACAAUUUGUACAGUAAAAGUAUAGAUGUGUUAAAACAAGGAAAAUCGAAAAUGGAUGCUGAAAAUAAUGGCAUUUUGACUUCAUAUAAUAAGCGAUCAACGUACUACAGCGAUACAAGCUAUAGUUUCAAGAAAGCCAUGGAUCCUCGUAAUUCAUACGUCAUUAACAACGAUACGAACCUUUUAGAAUUGAGUAUGACCAUUUCAGACUGUGACAAUACCGAAGCACCUUACAGCAUUCUGAACACGAUAAAUAUGACGGACACGAGUAUUCUGUCAUCUUCAAGCUCGGACGCUUUAGUGCAGCGCCGGCAGCGUAAAAAAAAACGAGGUGAAAAUAAAAAGCGCGUUAGUUUUCACGAGGAUAUUUUCAAAAUGAUGAAACUCGAUGAUGACGAAAAUUACACAGAUUAUUCAGUGAGCUUCGCAUCUGCCAAUUCAAUACCAAAAAAAACUGCCCAAAAAGGAAGGUAUAGCUGGUGUGCUCAUGGUGAUUCGCCAUAUAUUAAAAAAGUUGCUAACACAAGAACCGCCUACUCUGAUUAUUAUUCUUCCUCGUCAUCUUUAAGUAUCUUUGAUAGCGACGCUGAACAAAAAUUUGGUGGUCAGGUAACAGUUGCUAGUAUGGCUUUAUCUGAGCGAGGUGUUCCGGAAGGUCAGGAAGAUCCGAUGAGAGUUGCGCGUCCAAAAAUUGAUAUCGAACUGCAAGAAAAUGAGGCUUUGGAGGCGUACAUUGUUGAAAAAGCAUAUGGUAAUAUUAUUGAGGAUCCUCCGACAAAGCUUGAAAUGCCCAGAAUACUGAACAUUAAACCUCAGGGAAAGUACGCGAGCUCCAGUGACUGGUCGGACCUUGACAGCGUAACAACGGCCUCGGAUAGUACGGAGGAGCGACGACUCAGUGUCGGUAAUGGGAGCGGAGGCGGCGGUGGCGGUAAUGGUGGUGAUGGUGGUGAUGGUGGUGAUGGUGGUAACGGUAGCGGUGGUAGCAGUGCCCGUCACCUGGCCUCGCCCCUUAAAAAACGCAACGUAACGUCGAUCUUAAGUGGCGAAAAUAGCCGUCUGCUUGCACCACCUCUCCGUCAGGCUGCUUCGAAAACUUCGCUGCUCAGUAGAUUCUUAAGAUCCAUUACCGAGAGAAAAUUUGAGCUGAAAAGGGAAACGAAGAGCGCCACAAAGCCAAAUCCUUUAUAUAUCAAAGGCGCAAGGGUGUCUCAGGGCAUUGGCAGAGAGCUCGAUGACGCUCUCGAAAAAGAAAUUCAAGAUAACGUGGUCGCAGAUAAACGAGAGUUUAGUGGUGAAAAGAUUAGCUUAAAGCUGAGAGAAGUGUUUAAAAAUAACAUCUACAGAGAUAAAAAUGAGGAGCUCUAUAAAGUCUACAAGGUCAGGAGCUCUUACAUGACCAAUGGUGAGAGCAAACCAAUGCUCGCCCUUCUUACUGAUAAAACGCUUUAUUUAAGUGGACAAAAAGGAGAGCACAUGUACAGUAAUCAGUUUGUCAUCCCUUACAAUGAACUUGAUGUUAUUAUGAUUGGUCCUAAUGCACAAACAAUAUUAAUAUCAAAUGGUGAUUAUGAAAUGCAGUACUUAUUCUCAACAGGAAGUAGUGAAAAUACUUCAGAACUCAUCACCCAUUUAGAAAUAGCUAUGAGAAGAUCUCCAUCUAAACCUCGACUGCCGGCAGUCAAGGAACUGUAUUAUGAUGAUAUGCACACUCUCAAAUAUUCAAUUUUAGCUGAAACAUCUGUUCAUCCAGAUGAAAAAAUUGAACACUAUAGUCUUAUAUACAUGGAAGAUGAUCAUAUUUCACCUCCAACAACACCAUGUGGCCCAACUAAAGAAGGUGAUCUUAUGUUCCGACCACAUAUUUAUCAUACACAAAAUUCUAAUACACCUGUAAGUCCAUGGGAAGCUGGAUAUUUCGUUUUAAAAGGUGGAGUUGUGUACAUGUUUACGGAUAAUAAUCAAAGAUUACCAAAACGUGCCAUUCCAUUAAAAGGUGGCCUUUGUCAAGGCUGUAGAAGAAUUCCCAAUUCUCAUCGUCCCCAUACAUUUGAAAUUCUCUUAAAACCAAAUAAAUCAUUUCAGUUUGCUGCUCCAGAUGAAUAUGUAGCCUCGGAAUGGCUUCAGAGUUUUGUUCAAAGUGCUUCUGGCCUUUUUAACUGUACUGAAAAUAAAGAUCCAUUGCCUUGCAGUCUAGUUGUUACAUCAAAACAUUUAGUAGCGAUGAAAGAAGUAUUUCCCGGAAUACAACAGGGUCAAACGCUUUCGUGUGCAAGCAUUGAAGAUCUUUCUGCCUUUCGUGUUCCCCUAGCACAACAAUCAUGGUGCAUAUUGGAAUUUUCAUGUCGAGAAGUACAUGAAUGUAGUGGAGAUUGGGUCGUAUAUUUUACAAAUUAUAGAGAACUUUGUGCUUUUCAAGAGAUCUUAGAAACAUUGUGGGCUGAUAUUAAAUUAGAUGAAUUUCCAAUGUCUACUUUACCACCCGAAGACAAAUUACAUCGUCGCUGUUCAGACGCAAGCAAAAGCCUUCAACAAGCUUGGCGAUUGUUAUUACCAAUAGGAGCAGAGUAGUAUUUUAGGAACUUGAUAGAUUCGAGUAUUACUUAUUCUUAAAUCAUUACUCCUUUGUCACAAAUAAAUAAGCGGUCCCAAGUUUUAAAGUUAUGCAAAAGUGAAAAGAAAAACAAAAGUACGCGUAUCAUAUCGUUGCUUUGCUUAUCUGGAUUAUUUGUAUUCACAUUAUUAAAAAUUAUAAAAUUAUAA